AUGUUUGUUAGUCUGUUACAGAGAGAGAGAUCAGACUCACCUGAACCCAGCUGUGUGUCUAUGAAGAGUGACCAGUCAGUAGACCACCCAAUUAACUUCAGAGAUGGAGAUGUACAAAAAGAGAAAUCAGUGCUCACCUACAGAAAUCAAUUGGAGUCCAUAUAUAAGGAGCUGGAGCACAAAGUCAUCUCUCUGGUAAAGAAGGAGCUGAAGACGUUUAAGAAGCUGCUGAAUCCAGAUUACCCAGCAUGCUCUGAGAGAGAGGUGGAGGAUGAGGAGGAUCAGAGUAGUGUCAGAGAGGGAGCGCUGAAGAUCACCCUGCAUGUCCUGAGGAACAUGAACCAGACAGACCUCGCCAACACAGUACAGACCAAGCUGGUCUCUGUAUACCAGCAAAAGCUGAAACAAAAACUGUUGGAAAAAUGUAAAAUAAUUAAUGAAGGAAUCUCUCAACAUGGAAGCUCAACUCUUCUGAAUGAGAUCUACACAGAGCUCUACAUCACAGAGGGAGGGAGUGGAGAGGUCAGUAAUGAACAUGAGGUGAGACAGAUUGAGACAGCAUCCAGGAAACCAGCAACACAGGAGACACCCAUCAAAUGCAACGACCUCUUUAAAGACAAACCCAUCAGAAGAGUGCUGACUAAAGGAAUUGCUGGAAUUGGAAAAACCAUUUCUGUGCAGAAGUACAUUCUAGACUGGGCUGAAGGACGAGCAAAUCAGGAUGUCGUUUUCAUAUUUCCACUUCCUUUUAGGGAGCUGAAUUUGGUGAAGGAGAAAAGGUUCAGUCUGAUGGAUCUGCUUCAUCACUUUUUCCCAGAAACAAAACAAUUACAGUUAAUACACUGUGAUGCUUACAAAGUCAUUUUCAUCUUUGAUGGUUUGAAUGAGUGUCGACUUCCUCUAGAUUUCCAGAACAAUGAGAACUUGUGGGAUGUAACAGAGUCGACCUCAGUGGAUGUGCUGCUGACAAACCUCAUCAAGGGGAAUCUGCUUCCUUCUGCUCUCCUCUGGAUAACCUCUCGACCAGCAGCAGCCAAUCAGAUCCCUCCUGACUGUGUUGACCAGGUAACAGAGGUACAAGGGUUCAGUGACACUGAGAAAGAGGAAUACUUCAGGAAGAGGAUCAGUGAUCAGAGCCUGGCCAAUAAAAUCAUCUCACAUAUUAAGUCAUCAAGAAGUCUCGACAUCAUGUGUCACAUUCCAGUCUUCUGUUGGAUUGCAGCCACGGUUCUAGAGAGAAUGUUGGGUGAAGCAGAGAGUGGAGAUAUCCCAAAGACUCUGACUCAGAUGUUCACACACUUCCUGAUCUUUCAGAUCAAACACAAGGACAGAAAGUACCAUGAAAAAACUGACACAGAUCCUCACCUGACUAAAAAGACAUUUCUGGCACUGGGAAAACUGGCCUUCCAACAGCUGGAAAAGGGCAACCUGAUCUUCUAUGAGGAAGACCUUAGAGAGUGUGGCAUUGAUGUCAAAGAAGUAUCAGUGUACUCAGGAGUGUGUACCCAAAUCUUCAGAAAGGAGUCUGGGCUGCAUUUGGGGAAGGUGUUCAGCUUUGUGCAUCUGAGUGUUCAGGAGUUUCUGGCUGCUUUAUAUGCAUUUAUCUCCUUCAUCUCCAACAACACAUAUGUGUUGGAACAUCAAAUGGGAGAACUCUUUAAAAGAUCAAAAAUGUCUGACUUUUUAAAGAAUGCAGUGGACAAGACCUUACAGAGUGAGAAUGAACAUCUGGACCUUUUCCUCCGCUUCCUUCUGGGUCUUUCACUGGAGUCCAAUCAGACUCUCUUACAAGGUCUACUGACACAGACAGGAAACAGCUCUCACAACAAAGAGGACACAGUCAAGUACAUCAAGGAGAAGAUCAGGGAGAAUCCCUCUCCAGAGAAAUCCAUCAGUCUGUUCCACUGUCUGAAUGAACUAAAGGAUCAUUCUCUAGUGACGGAAGCUCAGACAUACCUGAGCAGAGGAGGUGACUGUCGUCUCCAACGAGCCAGACUCUCUCCUGCUCAGUGGUCAGCUCUGGUGUUUGUGUUGCUGAACUCAGAAGAGGAGCUGAAUGAGUUUGACCUGAAGAAAUAUGACCCACCAGAGGAAUGUCUACUGAGACUGCUGCCAGUGGUCAUAGCAUCCAGAAAAGCUAUUCUGUCUAACUGUAAUAUCCCAGAGGAAGGCUGUGCUGCUCUGGCUUCAGCUCUGAGGUCAAACCCCUCAUCACACCUGAGAGAGCUGAAUCUGAAGCUCAAUAAACCAGGAGACUCAGGAGUGAAGCAGCUCUCUGCUCUACUGGAGGAUCCACACUGUAAACUGGAGAAACUACAGCUGGCUAACUGCAGUAUUACAGAUGAAGGCUGUGCUGCUCUGGCUUCAGCUCUGAGGUCAAACCCCUCAUCACACUUGAGAGAGCUGAAUCUGAACUACAAUAAACCAGGAGACUCAGGAGUGAAGCAGCUCUCUGCUCUACUGGAGGAUCCACAUUGUAAACUGGAGAAACUACCGCUGGUUAACUGCAGUAUUACAGAGGAAGGCUGUGCUGCUCUGGCUUCAGCUCUGAGGUCAAACCCCUCAUCACACCUGAGAGAGCUGAAUCUGAACUGCAAUAAACCAGGAGACUCAGGAGUGAAGCAGCUCUCUGCUCUACUGGAGGAUCCACACUGUAAACUGGAAAAGUUAAAGCUGGUUAACUGCAGUAUUACAGAGGAAGGCUGUGCUGCUCUGGCUUCAGCUCUGAGGUCAAACCCCUCAUCACACCUGAGAGAGCUGAAUCUGAACUACAAUAAACCAGGAGACUCAGGAGUGAAGCAGCUCUCUGAUCUACUGGAGGAUCCAGACUGUAAACUAGAAAAGUUAAAGCUGGUUAACUGCAGUAUUAGAGAGGAAGGCUGUGCUGCUCUGGCUUCAGCUCUGAGGUCAAACCCCUCAUCACACCUGAGAGAGCUGAAUAUGAACCACAAUAUACCAGGAGACUCAGGAGUGAAGCAGCUCUCUGAUCUACUGGAGGAUCCACACUGUAAACUGGAGACACUACAUCUGUCUAACUGCAGUAUUCCAGAGAAAGGCUGUGCUGCUCUGGCUUCAGCUCUGAGGUCAAACCCCUCAUCACACCUGAGAGAACUGAAUCUGAACUACAAUAAACCAGGAGACUCAGGAGUGAAGCAGCUCUCUGCUCAGCUGGAGGAUCCACACUGUAAACUGGAGAAACUACAGCUGUGUAACUGCAGUCUUAGAGAUAAAGGCUGUGCUGCUCUGGCUUCAGCUCUGAGGUCAAACCCCUCAUCACACCUGAGAGAACUGAAUCUGAACUACAGUAAACCAGGAGACUCAGGAGUGAAGCAGCUCUCUGCUCUACUGGAGGAUCCACACUGUAAACUGGAGAAACUACAGCUUUCUUGGUGCAGUAUUCCAGAAGAAGGCUGUGCCGCUCUGGCUUCAGCUCUGAGGUCAAACCCCUCAUCACACCUGAUAGAGCUGAAUCUGAACUACAAUAAACCAGGAGAUUCAGGAGUGAAGCGGCUCUCUGCUCUACUGGAGGAUCCACACUGUAAACUGGAG